AUGCCCCAGUCCGACAAGGGGUGGUCUUGCGCAAAGCUUACUGAUGAGCGGGCGUCGCCAGUGUUGGAGCAGAUGAAGGCCGACUUCAAGCCGGGCAACGCGAGGGCGGCCAAAGUGACAGGGGCCUUGCUCUUGAGGGAAUUCUUGACGCUGUGCGUUGCUCCACUUCAGGCGCGUGCGCGCCCCUUGUGGAGGCUUGGAGAUGAAGAGGACAAGAUUUGCCUGAGCCCGGAGGCCUUGCCUGACGAUGAGCUGUCCGCAGUUUUGCGCCUCUUGGUCGGAGACAACCAAGAGUACCCGCCGAGCGCCUUCGUUCCCCUGUUCCGCCACAGUGACUGGGAGCAGAUCGUGGCUUCCAGGCCGACUUUUGACAGUCGCGAACUGGUGCCGCCGGCGCCUACCGGGGCCCCUGCGGCACCGAAGCCGGUGGAGCUGUCUUCUGACGAGUCCCACGGUGAGGAAGAGGGGGAGGAGGAAGACUCGGGGGUGACCCCCGAAGGGAUGGGGGAGACCGCCCCCUUGAGCAAAGCUGACAUCCUCCGCGCCCUACCAGACGAUGCCGAGGUCGACACCUGCCAGAAGGAAGGGGAGCUUCCCGUCAUCCCGACAAAGGCUCCCGGAGCCUGCGCGCCCAUACCUCAGGCCUCAAGGCUCUCGGGCUUCAAGCUCCCCAAGUGUAAGGUGGACUACGCCGUGGUGGACCAGCCGCUGCCUUCGGUGAAGAAGAGGAAGGAGGAUGCUGCGGCCGCGCCCCCUUCCGUGAGGAAAGGAGGCGACAGCACUCGCACCUCCCCGGCCCGGUCGCCCUCGCGAGACCAGGGGGAGUGUCGUCACGAGGAGUCAGCCCCCGAGGCCCCGCUGGCUCCGGAAGUGCCGAUGUCCGGUUCAGCCGCCGAGAUCCCAAAGGCUCAGGAGCCCUUGGUCUCCCAGGCCCUGGUGACAGCGUCGCCUCCUUCUCCUGCCGCGCCAUUGUUCCCAGGUUCUUCUGCCUCCUCUGCUGUCUUGGAGCGUGCCCUUUCAGAGAUGACCCAGCCGCGGGAAGAUCUCCUAGGCGCGGAUCCGCGCCUGGUAGCCGGGCGCCUGGAGCUGGCCUCCAGCUGGCUUCAGUCUGACGCAGCGGUCCGAGCGACGCUGAGCCAGGCUGUGACGGCCUCCGAGAAGGAGAAGCGAUCCGCCGCACAAGCUGCGGUCGAUCGCGAGGCGGCGCUGAAGGACGCCGAGGCCGCCCAUGACCGCUGCCGGGCGCUGGAGGACGAGCUGAAGGGUCUGCGUGAUGAGCACGCAGAAGAAGCUCGUGGCCGCCGGGCGAAGGAGGAGGAGAUGAGGGCCCGGGAGGACGCCAUCAAGAACCGUGACGCUGAGCUGGGGGAGUUGGCAAAGUCGCAGGCCGCUGAACACGGUCGGCUGGAGGAGCUGGAGCGGAAGGUGGAGGUGGCGAAGGUCGAUCUUGACGCCAAGGCGAAGAUCCUGCCUGAGGACCACACGGCCUUCAUGCUUCUCGAGAAGAGGUCCCGCGUGGCUCUAAAGUCGCUCUAUGAAAAGGGCUUGGAGAGAUCCGGCUUUCAGGGCAAGUGGGUGGCCUCCUCCGUCACGGAGAAGGACGUCAAGGAGCUUCGGGAGGCGGGGUACCUGGCUGUGGACGUCGCGCACAGGCUUCCUGCCAAAAAGCAAGUCAUCCCCACUCCAGAGCCCGGCGAAAGAGUUGUGUUUAUCCCCCACUUCCUCCGCGGACUAGGGUUUCCACUCCACCUCUUUGUCCGCGCGGCGACCGCCCAGGCCGCUGAAGUGUCCAAACUCCCGUGGAAGCUGAAGCUGGCCGAUGAUGAUAUCGUCCGCAUUAACAAGCGGUUCGAUGAGGCGCAAGGUAGUGCGGCCGAGGUCGAGACCCUAAAGAGCACCCUCGCCCAAGCCAAGGAGCAGGCACGAGUGAGCAAAGUAGCCGCUGAUAAAGCGGCUGUGGAUUUGAAGGCCGAGCAGGUCACCCGCCGCCAGUAUGAGGAGCGGGUGACUGAAGUGGAGCAAGAGCUCAAGGACGCCGCCGGCAAGUGCGAGGCCUUGGAGGAGAAGAAUAAGGCCCAAGCGGUCGAUCUCGCCAAGGCUCUCCAGGAGGCCAAGGAGGCGCGGACCGAGUCUCGGGCGGCUCGCGAGGAGAUCAAGCAGGCUCAACAGAUAGUGGCUGGUAAGCCCUUUCUUUUGCAGAGUAAAUUUGGUAGUCAGAAAUAUGCCUUGCUCACUCGACUAUGGAGUUCUCCAGACGCCUUUGCGGAUCUUCCAAAGAACGCUGCCGACGCCGCGCAGUUUUCCGAGCCCAAGAGGGGAACACGACGGAGAAGCUCUUCUGGUCACAGUACCUGGCGCCAGAGCGUCCAGCACUGUAGAACAACCAGAUGA